GUCUUCUAACAGUAAUAUCGACCCUAACACACAUUCCCUCGUAUCUGGAAACUGCAAUAAAAAGCUUACCCAUUAAGCAACUUGGCCAAUUAGAAAGAAACUGCAGCAACUGGAACAAAUUGAUGGGUCAAUUUAUUUGAUUAGCUUCAUCGCUGCUUCACAUACGAUAUAUAUAGAAAGGCUUUUAUAGUGCAUAGAUUGUUUUUGGUUUUAUUUGAUUUGGAGAAGAAUCCAAACAAAAUGGUUAGAUUUCUGUCAUCCUCAUCAUCUUCACCGUCACCGUUUCCGAUCAAUGAUGAAUUAUCGACCUCAACUCUAAUUCCAGGCUUACCAAACGACGUCGCAGCACAAAUACUUUCGACGGUACCAUACUCGCACCAUUCACGCAUCAAACAGACAUCAAAAUCAUGGUACACAUUUCUCUCAUCAAAAACUUUAGUUUCACUCCGUCAACACUUACUCAAUCUCAAUCAUCUUCUAGUUAUAUUCCCACAAGACCCUUCAAUUUCAUCACCUUACCUAUUUGACCCGAAAAAUCUCGCGUGGAAGCCACUCCUGCCCAUGCCUUGUAACCCUCACGUGUACGGGCUCUGCAAUUUUACCUCUAUCUCACUCGGUCCCACACUCUACGUUCUGGGCGGGUCCCAUUUCGAUACGCGCUCUUUUCCUAUGGAUCGACCAACCCCUUCAUCCUCUGUAUUCCGUUACAAUUUUAUUGAUUCCAGGUGGGACCAGCUUUCUCCAAUGUUAUCACCCAGAGGAUCAUUUGCUUGCAUAGCGGUACCCAAUUCAGGGAAGAUAAUAGUGGCGGGAGGUGGGUCCCGGCAUACAUUAUUCGGUGCGGCUGGGAGUCGGAUGAGUUCGGUUGAGAUGUAUGACGUAUUGGCGGAUAAGUGGAUGCGAAUGGAUGGAUUGCCGGGGUAUAGGGCGGGUUGUGUAGGGUUUAUGGUAGGGAAUAAUAAUGGUGAGGAGGAGGAGGAGGAAGAGAAGGAGUUAUGGGUAAUGGGCGGGUAUGGAGAGUCGAGGACGAUUUCUGGCGUGUUUCCUGUUGAUGAGUAUUAUAAAGAUGCCGUUGUUAUGAAUUUGAACAAGAAUGGUGGGAGUAAGUGGAGGGAGAUUGGGGAUAUGUGGCACGAUGGGGAGAGAGCUAGGCUUGGUAAGGUUAUUGUUGUUGACGAUUAUGGUUCCGAUCAUCGUCCUGCUGUUUUUAUGCUUGAUAAUAAUGAAAUUUUCAGGUAUGACAGGGUUUCUAAUUCCUGGCAAAAAGAGUCCAGUGUACCAAGAAAAGCUCCUUGCAACUCCUCAUGUGGUUUUGUUGUGUUGGAUGGAGAGCUGUAUGUAAUGGCACUUUUGAAAGGAGCUGAUUCCACUGAAACUCGAAGGUCAAGACAGCAGAAGAGGGCAGGAGCACUUUUUAUCCAAAUCUACCAUCCUAGGAAGAAGACAUGGAGAUCACUCGUUACAAAGCCACCAUUUCAUUGCCCUUUGGAUUUCAAUAGUGCAGUCAUGUGCACCAUUCGAUUGUAGUAGACAUCCUGUGAUUUUGGAAGUCAUCUAUACGAAAAUUGUUAGUUUGUGUCACAAUUGUGCAUGUCUCAUGGACCAUCGUAUUCUUUGCCUUUUAGCAUAUGGUAUAGGUCAAUGUACAGAUUGACAAGGAUAUAGUGCUAGUUUGCUACCAUUUGAUGUACAAUAUCAGUCGAAUUCCAUUUUAAAUUGAUGUAAGUGCAAUGUGGUGUAUUUGUGAGUCGUCACUUAAAAGUACAAUAUGUACUACAUUUAAAUAGAUGCAAGUGCAGUUUGUUAUA